AUGUACCUCAUCUCCCUCUCUCUCUUUGCUCUGUCAUCACCAGCUCUUUGGACGUCCACACGAGCGCCACGUGGCUAUGGAGUUUGUCCGUCAGCAAGAGCUCAACACUUUGACGCGCGGGAAGCAGCUAUUUUCAGUGACCGGUUUGCGGCUCAAGCUUGUGCUGCGAUGCGUCUGCUGACAACGUCCGGGGGACGAAGACUAAUUUCGAGUCGUGCUGAAGCUCCUAGGGCCUCCCGUGCUCGAAGUGGGACGGACGCAGUAGACACCUGGAAGCACUGGAGGCAGGACGUGGAUCGACCUGAUGUGACCGAAAUGUUGGUAACACCUGUGUCUUUACCAGACAUACGGCAGAUGGUGGUGCAUCUUUACGGAGGACUAGCUUUCUCCAUGACCAGGGGCUCAUCCACGCAGACGUUAUGCCAGAAACGUGGUGCAGUCCAGUCCAGAAGCUCCGCUGCGACCGCCGACGUGGGCGUCCUUGGCACCAGUCAAGUAAUGGACUUUGGCAACUACUUGGAGGCGGACAAGCUAGCGGCGUAUGCUGACGUGGACGCUCGUAACGGCUUUGACGUGCAUACCGCCACGUAUCGUCCUCCAAAAGUGGACGCAGGUCUCUUGCUCUGCUCGGUCAUGGAUAUAUGGUCGCUCAGCUGCCAAAACGGAGACACCGGCUCGUAA